AUGGUCGACGACAUCGACGACCUCACGAAACAAGAUGUCGCCGUGCACGACCUCCGCGUCGCGGCCGCACAGAUGAUGUCCGAGGAAGAGUUCCGCUCCAUCGAGAAGAAGCUCAAGUGGAAGCUGGAUGUGCGGUGUACGGGCAUGUUGACGUUUAUUUAUAUAUUGAAUUAUCUUGAUAGAAAUAACAUCGCUGCUGCGAAAGUUGCUGGUCUGGAAGCCGAUCUGCAUCUCACUUCGACGCAGUACUCGCUCGCGCUGUCGAUUCUCUUCGUUGGAUAUGUGCUUAUGCAAGUCCCGUCCAACAUAUUUCUCACCAAACUCCGGCCGUCGUUGUAUCUGCCUGCGUGCAUGGCAGCGUGGGGGACGCUCAGUGCGUGUACGGGCGCUGUACAGAGCGCGGGCGGGUUGACGGGGGUGAGAUUUCUGUUGGGCUUGGUCGAAGCGGCGUACUAUCCGGGCAGUCUUUUUCUUCUAGGCUCUUGGUACAAGCGUGAAGAGCUGGGUGUGAGGUGUGCGAUUCUGUAUGGUGGUUUGCAGGUUGGAGGUGCCAUCUCCGGUCUGAUCAGCGCAGGCAUCGAAAGCGGUCUAAACGGCGCUCUGGGGAUCCCGGCGUGGAGAUGGAUCUUCAUCAUUGAGGGCUCCAUCACCGUCUUCAUCGCCCUCUGCGCCAUCUUCAUCAUCCCCGACUUCCCCUCCAACACCCGCUGGCUCUCCGCCGACGAGCGAGCCGUGGCCGAAUGGCGCCUCAUCCGCGACGCAGGUCAAGUCGAUGAAGUCGCGGAGUCGUGGUCCGAUGGAUUCAAGAUGGCCUUCACCGACUGGCGGACGUACGCCUUCUGCGCCAUCAACCAGUGCGUGUUCGUCUCGACUUCGACGCAGAACUUCUUGCCGAGCAUUGUGGCCACGCUGGGAUUCAACAAGAUCGAUACGUUGCUUUUGACGGUGCCGCCAUACGUGGUCUGUCUGAUAACAUCUGUGCUGAACAACUGGUCUGCCGAUCGUACGAGGAACUCGUCGUUCCACUCCAUGUGGCCGUUGGUAGUAUCGAUCAUCGCGGGUAUCAUCUCCGCCUCGACCCUCGAAAAAGGCGCCAGAUACUUUGCCAUGAUCCUUCUGAUGGUCGGCGGACACAGCGCCAACACCGUCGUCGCCGCGUGGGCGCAGAAGACUCUGUUACGUCCUCGCAUCAAGCGUGCCGCCGCGAUCGCAUUCAUCAACGCAUGCGGUAACAUCGCUCAGAUCUGGACUCCAUACAUCUACCCCGACUCCGCGGCACCUCGAUAUGUCAUGGCCAUGUCGAUCAAUGGAGGAUUCGCCCUGGCGGGAAUCAUCAUGAUGUACGGUUUGCGUCUGACGCUGAGACGAGCGAAUAGGAAGCUCGAUGAGAGGGCCGCUCGUGGCAGUAUUACUGGCGAGAAUGGUCUGAGAGAUGUCGUUGGCCUGGGUGGUGCGAGUGCGGUGUCGCCGGGUGACUUCAGGUAUACCACGUAG